GGCGUGGCGCGGCUCGGCCCAGCAUGCAGCGCGGCGCCGUUUGAAUGGCGCAGGCUCCGGGCGCUGGGCCCCCGCGGUAGGUCUCCGUGGCUCCUCCUUCCCCCUUGGCGUGGCCCGGCCCGGUACCAUGAGCAGCGGGGAUUUGAGAGAUUAUGGCAUCUGAAGCCCACAAUGUUAGAAAACAGAAAGUAUUGCAUAUCGAAGGUCAUCCCAUUGAUCUCCCCAGAAAAAGAAUCUCUUCUUCCACUAAAAAGAUCAUGAAGGAGGGUAAGAAAUCUCCAAAACAGCUGGCUUCAUACACAAACAGAAUAACAGUUGGAAAAACGGUGACCAGUCCCCUCUCUCUUUUCAAAGUAGUAUAUUGUAAAAGAAAAGUUCAUUGUUAUAGUCCAAAGCCUUGUUACAGAAAGAAACAGCUCCCUAAAUCUAGGGGCUGUGACAUGGCAAAUAAAGAAAAUGAACUGGCUUGUGCAGGGAAUCUGCCAGCAAAACUGCACGACAGUCGUACACACUUGCUGAAUUCUAGUGACUCUGGUUCAUCUCAAACAGAAGGCCCCUCAUCCAAAUAUAGUGGAUUUUUUUCAGAGGUUUCUCAGGACCAUGAAACUAUGGCUCAAGUUCUUUUCAGCAGGAAUCUGAGGCUGAACGUAGCUUUAACCUUUUGGAGAAGGAGAAGUAUAAGUGAACUGGUAGCCUACUUAGUAAGGAUACAGGAUCUUGGAGUAGUAGUAGACUGCCUUCCUGUGCUUACAAACAGUUUACAGGAAGAAAAACCAUAUAUUUCAGUUGGCUGCUGUGUAGAUCUUUUGCCUUUAGUGAAAUCACUGCUUAAAAGCAAAUAUGAAGAGUAUGUGAUAGUUGGUUUAAACUGGCUUCAGGCUGUCAUUAAAAGAUGGUGGUCAGAACUAUCUGCACAUACAGAAAAGGCAGAGGAUGGAAAUAUUCAUAUUUUAAAACAACAAUUAAGUGGAUUAUGGGAACAGGAGAAUCAUCUUACUCUGGUUCCAGGAUAUACUGGUAAUAUAGCUAAGGAUGUAAAUGCUUAUUUAUUACAGCUACACUGACAUGAUUGGGAAACUAUGUGUGCUUAUGUGGUGAAACAAUCCCCUAAAGUAUCCCUGAAAUAUGUACUGUUUCUGAAAGCCUUUUGAGAAAUACUGGCAGAAGAGAACUGAACUGUCAAGCUGUUUAAUGAAACCACUAAAAAAAUCCUAACAAUCUACUUCACAUUGAAGUGGAAAAAUGUCUAGUAGGAGCAACUUUUACUUCAGUGAGGUGAAAGUGCACUAUGAAAACUGUAUGCCUUUGCUGCAUUUGGGAUUCACUCAGUUACUAGGUAUUCAUUUAAAUGCUACUGUAUUUUACUACAUCGCAUAAAAGAUGAAUUACACUGUCAUGAAGACAAGACAGCAGAACCAGUUAUAAGGAACCAACAAAAGCAAUCAGCAUUAAGAGCUUUUAAAUGUUUCUUUCACAAGAGAACUUCAAAAUGCACAACUAUCUUUUCAAUUAUGUUUUAAAAAAAAACAAAACUUAGGAAUACUCAAUUACUUCUAUGUUUUAAUCAAAUUAUUAAAGACAUUUUUUGUUUGCACUAUUGAGGAAACUAUACAGCAAAGAUGCCUUAAUUACUAGUGUUUCAAAAAGCCAAUGUGUUAAGAUGCAAAUAGCUAUUAUGUUCAGAUUGUGAUGCAAAACUACAAAAAUCAGGGUUUCACAUUGUGUAGUUAAUGAAACAUUGCACAUAUACAAAGAUUCAUGUAUGAAAAAUAAAUACCUGAAGUUAAGCUUGGAUAAACAGUUAUUGCAAAUGUCAGCAGAAUGGUGAAUUUAUGUCUAACAAAUGUUUUUAUAUUGUAUGUGGAUUUCUAACACAGUAAUCUUGUUCUGUAUCAUUUAAACUACAUGCAAAUAAGUAAAUAUAUUAAAUGUAUCUACUGUUUUUUCUUUUCAACUUCAUAAAAACAAUUUCUAGAAUAAUCUCUUCCACAGUACUUUUUAUCAUAGAUAUUUAUGUCUAUUGUUUGAAAUGUUUACAGCCAGAUGAGGCCAUGUUAUUCAAAUCGCACCCUUUUUAUACUACCUCCUUUAAGAAACUGACAAAGAGCUUUUGCAAAAUUAAUCAAGUUCUAGCCUGAUCAAUGAGGGCAAAUUCAUACCAACAAUAGCAUUGAAAAUACAGCUAUAAACUCUUACUGUCCUAUUGCUAUCCUGUACUCUUUUAAUUUAAAAGCUAUAGCUUAAUAGCUCUGAGGGAGUUUUGAUUUUAGGCUUGCUAUUGCCUUUUUUAUUUUGUGAUUAAGAAGCAUGUUUUUCCAAUUAACACUUAUGAAGUGCUAGCUGUUCACUUAAAACAUAAAUAUACAUGCACAGCAUGUAUCACUAAAUAGGCUACUUCCUUAAAAAACUUAAGUACUUAGAAGGGUUGUUUUCAUACCUAGCAUUAAGCAUAUGCACUUUUAUUGAUGUGCAGGAGAAAAGUCUUGAUAGCCCCAAGUGGUUUUUGCUUUACAGAUGAAAUAAAUUAAUUUUAAACUCUUGUAGUGGUCAACAGCUUUAGGCCUCCUGUUGCUUCAUUUUGUAUUUAAGUUACAUAUCAUUAUUGCUGACUUCUGGAGGCCAACUAGAAAUCUGUCAUCAGAACUUGGUGCUUUUGGUUAUUUGAAUAUUCUUUAAACCACCAAAGGUUUUGUGCUUCCCAGGGCAGUCAGCUACAGGGAAGAGUUUCUGGGACAUCCCCAAACUGAGAACUCUGUGGGACAAUCUCGAGAUAUGCACAUAGCCAAAUUCUUUUUGCUAGAAUUGUUACGUACCAUUAGAGAUAUUUCACACUCAAAAGAGUUUGAGGUAGAACUUAGUACUUUUCAAAUGUUCUUGCUGUCAAUUAAAAAUGUAAAGGAACUACAGUAUGAUGACAUUCUUGUAUUACUUUACUGUUUUGUUGAGCACUUAAAUGUAACAGUAACGUAAAGACUGGCUUCAUAAUUUGGGUAGCAAUUGCUGAAACUCUUGGAUUAUUCCUCAAGGAGAAUACUGUAAAGGUGAUGGAAACUCAGAUCUUAUUUUCUCCUGGAUUUUUAAUAGACAAAAUGAAGUAACUCAUGGCCAUUUAUUUCUGAUAAUACAAGAAGUAAUCAUUGUAACUGAUUAAAGUGAAAUACUCUAGUAUUCAAAAAUCCAGCUUGACUGUAGAUGUAAAUACUUGGGCUUAUAAUGUAAAUCCAUGGCCAUAUGCAGAAUUCCAAACUGUAACUAUGGAUGGUGCUUUUGUUCUAGUGGCAAGGUAAGAUUGACUUGAGGAUCAUUAUUGAGAAAUAUCUAAUAAAAUAAUGCAUUAUUUUUAACUGCCAAAAAUUGUAUUUUGACAGCAUCAAUAAUACAGUAUUAAACAUUAAGUCAUUAGUAUUUGUGCCUUAUUUUAAAUGCAUUUUUUUUACUGUUUUCAGGCAGCUGCUAGACUGUAAGAACAGGAUUCUGGUGUCUCCAUUAUGAAAUGAUUUUUCUGUCAUGAUCUUAAAGCACUCAUUUAAACUAUUCAGGCUGACAUUCAGGCUCAGCUUGUAUGGUCUUUAGUUCUCAAAUGGCUACGAAUCAGUUUUGCUGUAAUAGAAUGUAUAUGUAUGAUAUCUGCUCAAAGGUGACAUGAGUAAAAUGUCUUAAUAGCUGUAUAACUCCAUGAAAUCCAUGUAGUUGUCUCAGUGAAUCUUAAGAAUUAAGUUUAUGAACAAUCAUGUGCAUAAAUGCUAAUCUUUGUGAUACUUUCUGAAAAUGCUGUUUCUAGGAUGUUUCAAAAGAUCAGGCAGAAUUAAUCCUUUAUCCUGUAUGUUUUUGUGAUGCAGAAGCAUGUAGUUACUUGAGGAUGAAGGAUGCCUCUGCAGAGCUGUUCUUCAUGUUAUACCACUUGAUAUGAAAUUAAUGUCUUUGAAAAACAGUAUGUCUUUUGCCUCAAUGUUCCCUGAGAGUACUUGAGGCUGUUUUGCUUGAAAGGGUUUUUAUUUGAAGCGUGAACUAGGACUUACCCAUCCCCUAAACUGAAAUUAAAGAAGCCUUCUGGUAAACUGCCUCUUUUGCAGAGCUAAAAAUCCCCCAAUAUUCUGUUAAUGUAAGAAUCGAAGUUUAGGUAUUGCUGAUACCUUGCUGAGGAGCGGAAAUGGAAAAAGCUACCCUAGUAAUUAGCUGGGUACAAAGAAGCUAGCAUGUCUUAAUAAUUAUGUAUAGCUCUGUCUUGAAGGAGUUACACCUCGUUCUUAGUAAAGAGUACUCUACAGUGGAACACCCUUGUAUCACACAGGUACUGCAGUUGUAGGCUACUUAAUAGUGCUUACAAAUUGUCACUGGUGUUAAAAUACUAGCAUCAGCCCUCCAGGAGCUUAUCUUCUGCAGUGAUAGAUAACUAAAAUGAUCUUUCCCUUUCUGUAGGCUGCCUUAUUGUUAUCAGAGGCUGCAGUUUUAACACUUGGGGUGCAGGAGAGAUGGGAUAAUAGGAGAGGACAAAAAAUUACUCAUGCCCUGUGUUGAGUGACAUCAGCCCCACUGCAUUAUACCAUACGUAUCUUAAAGCAGGCUGUAUUUUCAUUUUCUGGUAUCUGAAGUAGGCAAGUUUGGAGUAAAUAACUCCAUUGAGUUGAAGAGAUAAAAGUUUUGAAGAUGGAUGCUACAAUGCUGAUUUGUGGUGUGUUGUUUUGGAUUUUUUUUUCUUGAAAGGGUGAACAUUUUUGUGUGUAAAAGCUUGAAAGUAUCUUGUGGAAAGUAUCUUGUGGAAAGCUUACAUUUUGAAACUAGCAAGUGGUUGCUUUUGCUGGUUCUUCUUGCCAGAUCUUCCAGUUUUACAGAAGACAAUGCCUGUCUUGGUGUGGAGAUUUGCAGCUAAGUUUUCUGCCCAGUUUUCUGGUACAAAGGAAACAGGUGGUUCAUAGUCAACAUUUUCAGAAUACAAAACCAUGCAAAUCAUGCUACUGGUGUGAAGUUAUUCCAACUUUUGUACAAUGCAAAUGCUUUAGUUUAUGAAAGCAGUUGGUUCUUGUGUGAGGAACUUUAUAUUGAACUGAUGCUGCAUUAGAUGAAGAAAAAGAUGAAGCAGUUAUUAAUAGCCUUGGUAAAAGCCAGACAGCAUAGUUUAAUUUUUGUCUUCAGUCUACCUUCCUACACAUAGUAAUCAUCGUAGGCUACAGAUAAAGAUUCACUGGGAGAAUAGAUUGAGCAUGCUUGUGGUGUUAGUGCUUAUAUUAUACUUCUUUAAGCAAUUUAUGUUUAUUCCAUAUUAGUUAAAUGGCUUGUUUUAUGUCUUAGAAUGAGACUAAAUGCAAGUAUUUCUUUUCUCUGCCCCCAUGCAUUCAUUCUUCAGCACUUAAUGAUAUUUCUUCCUCUUCUAAUUUAAAUAUACUGUGAGUAUCUGUUAUUAGAAGCAGGGAGGGGAGUAUGAAAAUUCUAUAUAAAACACAGGGCUAGCUAUUUAACACUAUUCAUUUUGAAGCAAUUGUGAAAAUUUUCCCUCUUUAAAACUUUUCACACAAAUUUUGUUAAUACCUGCUAAUUGAAGUUGGCACUCAUGGCUGCAAGUUUGAGUUUGAACUUGGUUGAAAAAAAUAAAGUGUUUUCACUCUAAAUAA